AUGAGAGAUUGCGUUGUUGGCACCAUUGUCUUCAUAAUCAUUUUUGUUUUUCUAGCGAUUUCACUUCAAGACCAAUUUCUUCACGAAUUUAAUGAACAAUUACGCCCUUCAAGAUUUCAAGAUGCAAGUUUGCACUAUGAAAUGAUUCUCCCGAAUUCUCAGAAUUAUACAAUCGAUGAUGAAGACGGAGACGAAGGCGAAAACUAUCACGAAAACGAGUCCCCUAAGAAAAUCGCGAAGCCAGUGUCAAAAGUUUCUAAGUGGAGCGGCAAGCAAACGUCAAUUCUGAUCGUAAGCGCAUGGAAAUCUGGCGCGGCAUUGCUUGAAGAAAUGUUCAACCGAAACCCAAAUUUCAUGUUCUACUCUGAGCCACUGGUUGCUUUCGGAAAACAAGGCACAGACUCGCAAAAAUUGAAAAUGCUCAAAGACAUUUUUCAAUGCAAAGUGCCCUUGGCGAAGAAUUAUUUGACGGUGGCGAAAGAUGAGGACAUGAAAACUUGCUUAGAAAGAGGAAUUUGUAACGAUUUCAAAAGCCAAAAAUUCUGCUCGCCACCUUUUUGCUCAUCCAAAGCAGCCAAGUCAGCGUCAACCUGCCAUGAAAGCUGCAAAAUAAACUGGGAGGAGACCGAAACACAAGAAUUAGCUUCUGACACUUGUAAAAAGUCACAUGCAGUUGUUGCGUCAGUCACGCUUCUUCAAGAACUGAUGGAAAUCAAGAAGUUUAUAAACUACCAGGAGAUUCAUUUGAAGGCAAUCUUCUUGAUGAGAGAUCCCCGCUCCGUGUUUAGAUCGAGAAAGCUGGAGAUCAUAAAAAACGAGGGAAAAGCAGUCUGGACUCCCGCGAGAUCCAAACACGAAGCUUCUCAACUCAAAAAAGAAUGCUCAACGAUGGUCGAUAACUACAACAUGGCAGUGCGUAAUAAGGGAGGCAUCGCGAAGAGCAUCGUGUUCUUACGAUACGAAGAUCUUUCACUUGAAUACGAAAGCUUUACUGAAGAAAUUUAUGAAAAAUUCAAGCUCGGAGAUUUCAACGAAGCGGUCGAAAAUCUUCAAAAAAUUCGCCAGUAUGUGAAGCCUUGGAGAACGAAUUCGGAUUCUGCGAUCGAAAAACUUUCUCAUGAUCAUAUUCUUUACAGUUGGAGAAUGGUGAACAAAGAGUCCUCAGGAAGUCAGUACGCGUCUCAACUUGAAAUCUUAGACGUCCAACAAAAAUGCAGCGAAUUCAUGAAAACUUUCGGUUAUCUACCGCUAGAAAAAGAAACGCACAAAUCUUUCUUCAACAUGAGACUCGACCUGAGUUCUUAUGAAACAAUUCUUAGAAAUUUUAGAUUCGAUCAAAGUAUUUCCGUCACUCUCACAGAUAUGAACAUAGAGGGAGGCCAGUGUACAUGGGACUUCAUGUCGGUUACCUUUGAUGAUGGAACUGGUACAGGAGUCAUUUGCGGAAACAACAUCCCUCCGCCAGGGACGUUCAUUGGCCCAGGCCCAUGUACUGUACAAUUCACGAGCGAUAAUGGAGUCACUCUAAGAGGCUUCCAGUUGGAAUAUGAAAUUACUCCUGAUGACUUGUGCAUUGGCAAUGAAUGCGAAAACGAUUCAGAGUGUAUUCAAGACGACACAGACCCGCGAGGAUACAUCUGUAAUUGUCCUCCCGGGCUCACUGGUGAUUUUUGCGAAGCUGACAUCAACGAAUGCGCAGAAGGACUCUGCGAAAAGGGUAUUUGCGUAAACUUUUUCGCCGGGUUCAACUGCGAAUGUGAGCCAUUUUUCACCGGAGACUCCUGCAAUCUCGAACUAGACGCUUGUUUUACAAGAGAAGCGCCUUGCAAUCUGACUGGGACUGAUUUCUGCGAGUCACUAGAUCCAUUUCUCUUCCAGCCAGCUUUUCUCUGCAAUUGCAAAGCUGGUUUCUUCUCUGACGAUUGCAGCGUAUCAGUUUGCGACACAGAAAACCCUUGUUUGAAUGGGAAUUGCUUUGUUGGAAACCAAGGCGAUGCCAAGUGCAGAUGUCAUUCUAACGAAACAGGAACAUGGAUCGGGCAGACCUGCGAUGUUUUUGAAGUCUCCUCGAAUCCUGGAAUGCAGACGUUCCUGACAACACUCAUAAUUGCUGCAGGUUCCAUCGCGUUGUACUUUAUCUUAUCCUAUUGCUACAAAAGAGGCCAAGUUAUUCUCAAACACCAUUCUCGCGGCAAUCAGCCGGAUACCGUUAACCCGCUUCAUGAUCAAUAUCACAACGGCCCACGUGACCGCAGUCUCCCAAGAUUCAAAACGAUGGCGCUGGCGCAAGCCGCGGCCAGAAGAGCGAAACACGAUCUUCCAGAUAGAAAACAACGAGUUUUUCAUCAACGACCGUCUUCGAUAACAUCUGGUUACGUCACGGAAGAGUUCUAUUCCGAUAGGCAUAGAAAUUCUAUUUCUGAUUCUAGCGCCGCUUACGGAAAAAAUAGAAACAGAGGGAUGAAUGAUUCUUAUCGAAGUCGGAACACUAGAAUUCCAGAAGUAAAUGGAUCGCGAGAGACCGACUACUAUCAACGUCAAAUGAUGAGCCCUCCGAAAUCCUACUACCACUCGGUCGGCAGAGGAUUGGAUAAUUCCCGACAAGGCGCUUUUGCUAAUUAA